CGAGACAGACAGGCAGGCGGCGAGCCGCGAGCGGCGCGGGCAGCAGACAUCAGUGCCUAGCUAGACACCGAAGUGAAGGGACACGCAUACUCUACCCUCAGCCUUGACACUUGUGCUCCCCCAACUCUUCCUUCAAUCUUUGUAUACUAUGCUAUUUAAUUUUGUUUGUUAGACGUGAUUUGGGAGUCACUCAAAAUAUGAGGUGCGGCGCCUUCCGUCGCCCUUUUGUCGUGGACCAAGAAGUGUGUUUAUAAGCGCGUGUGUGAAGUGUGCGGGGCGGCGCGGCGCGACCACCAUGCCGCACAGGGGAGGCCAGGGCGCCCUGCUGGCCCUGCUGCUGCUGCUGCCUGCUGCCGCCGCUCAGCUAGGACUCAACGAAGAGGAUGACCAAAGACUGUUGGGAAGAUCAAGAGCUUUCCUCGAUCAAAGAUUUCAGCGGGCGAGAGCCGAGAGAGAGCGCAGGGUGGAUUGCAGUGUGACGUGUCCCCAUCGGUCGCGCGAGCCCGUGUGUGGCACCAACGGACGCACCUACAGCAGCCUUUGUGACCUGGACCUCGCUAUCUGCAGGAAGGUGAAGGUGUCGCUCAAGCAUGAAGGAGAGUGUACCUUGGAGGAGAAAUGCAUGGACGAGAGGCGGGCACGGCAGGAACAGAUAGCCAACGGCGAACGUGUUUAUGUGCCCAACUGCCAGGAGGACGGUUCAUACGCCCCUCUCCAGUGCCACAACUUCACCCGCUACUGCUGGUGCUCUAGUCUGGACGGCAUCCCCAUCCAGGAAACCGUCCAGUCUGGCACCCUACCUACGUGUCCAGACCGGCACCGUGAGGCCCCCAGGACGACGGCGCCACCAGCAGGAGCAGGCAAGUCGGGGAAGGAGGUGGUGUCGAAUCCUGCCAGGGAGGAGUCUCUUAAUACUCUCCUGUCCCUGUCCACCGCCACGCCCGCAGGCCGCCCCAACAAACCCCCCCGACGCGGCCCCAAGCGCUGCACAGGGCGGGCGAGGCGGUCCUUCAUUACCAGGCUCACCAACAAACUAGUGACGGAGUACCAGCGGGUCAGGAACACCAAGAAAUUAUCGGAGAGGAAGCUGCACCGACGGGUUGUCAAGUGGAAGUUUUCGGAGCUGGACCGCAACAAUGACCGAAAGCUGCAGCGGCGGGAGUACAAGCGGCUACGGAAGACGGUGCGCAAGUUCAUCAAGCCAAAGAAGUGUGCCAAGAUGUUCCCGCGCAUGUGUGACGCCAACGGGGACCGCAGCCUCACCGAACAGGAGUGGGUCACCUGCUUCAAUCGGCAAGGGGACAAGGACAGGCAGCGAGAUGACCGCUGCCCAAUGCCUCCCUGCAAUAACAGACCAACCACUCCUAAACCAUCAGUCCCAUCCUGUGAGCAUGAGAGAAGCAGACAUGGGUUGAUGGAAGGGGACCACACCAACAUGUCCAUUCCAGUGUACAAGUGUCAGCCCAAUGGGAGGUAUGAGCCCAUGCAGUGCUUCAAAGCUGACAGUACGGAUGUGAUCUGCAUUUGUGUGGACGAGUGGACUGGCAACAGUUUGGACGGCACAGGAGUGAGGAAUGGCACUCCAGACUGUUCCCGCCCAAUGCCCCACGCCCGUGUCUGGCCAGGUUGUACUGGAGAAGUCAAGACUAAGUUCAUGCAAGAUCUGAAGAAGUUUCUCUUUAGCAAAGUGGAAGGUGGAGACAGGAACCCUGGUGCUGACUCCUCUACUCAGUCCGUGGAGGAAUUUGCUGCCCGGUACCACUUUGGCAGUCUGGACACCAACAACAGCAGUUUUCUGGAGGGCCGGGAGAAAAAGAUGGUCAAGAGACACUUUAAAUCAAACCCCAAGCUGAAGAGGUGCGGCCGGAAGAUGACUAUUUAUUGUGACGUGAACUAUGACAAGCGGGUGUCCCUGGAGGAGUGGGUGGCCUGUGUUACAGUGGAGCAGAAUGAUACUGGUAACAGUGCUGGAGGAGUCAGUGUGCGGACCAUCGAUGAGAAUCCCCUCCACAAAUACCUGGUGCCAGAGGAUGGGGAGGUUUAUAGAAAAAGUAGAAAUCAUUAGAACACAACAUUUGCCUGCAAGUUUGUUAAGGCAAGACACUGGCAGGACCUGAUUCACAGAACCCAUUUGAGACCAUCCUCAAGCCUGAAAUGUGAAGAGGAGAAAGAAAUAUGAGGAGACAGAUGAAUAGGGCAGGUGGAAAGCAGCAAUAUUUGUUUGUGGCAGAGAAGAAGCCGAGGAACACAGAAGAUGAGUUGAUUCUCCUCACUGGAAAGAUUAGCCAUCAACACUCUCAGUCUGACAUUUUUUAAUGAGUUGAUCUGAUAAAACAAUUAACUGUGUUGUUUGUGUUCAUAUGGGAAAGUUAUCUGGAUGAGAGCUAUUCACAUCAUUAGGCUGUCUCUUUAUAGCUCUGAGAUGGAGCACUUAGUGGAAGCAAAUGCAGUGAAGAAAAGAAAAGAAAGACAAGAAUAGUGUGUUUGUGGACAAAAAGAA